CAGCCAGAAUCCAUAGUGACACUGUCAACUAUGGUUGAUUUAUCGACAAAAAAAGGAGACUUGCAUGGGAUGAAUCUGUGGCAAAAGAUUUUGAUUCCUUUGGUAGGAAUGGUAUUGGCCAUUUAUUUUUAUUCAGGAAAGGAAGAAUUUAAACCUGAAAUGUUGAAAGGGAAGCGAGUGAUUGUUACUGGGGCAAGCACUGGAAUUGGUGAGCAGAUAGCAUAUCACCUAGCACGGAUGGGUUCCCAUCUCCUGAUUACUGCACGGACAGAAGCUCUGCUCCAGCAAGUGGUUGCUCAUUGUUUAGAGUUGGGUGCAGCAUCUGCCAGGUACAUUAAUGGCAGUAUGGAAGAUAUGAAAUUUGCUCAAGAAGUGGUGAAGAAAGCAGAGGAAGUAUGGGGAAGUCUAGAUAUGCUGAUUCUGAAUCAUAUUGGCAACUCCUACUUCCAUUAUUUCAAUAGGGACAUUGAACAUGUGCAAAAACUUCUGAACAUCAAUUUCCUAAGCUAUGUAACGAUGUCAGUUUCAGCUCUUCCCAUGCUUAAGAUUAGUGGAGGAAACAUAGUAGUUGUUUCAUCUUUGGCAGGAAAAAUUGGCUUCCCGAUGACUGUUCCUUAUUCUGCAACCAAGUUUGCACUAGAGGGAUUUUUCAACUCUUUGAGGCAAGAAUUUGUUAUGCAGAACAUCAAUGUUUCCAUCACGCUCUGCAUCCUUGGACUCAUCAACACGGAAAAUGCAAUGAAAGCGGUAUCUGGUACAUUCACUCCUUCACCUGCACCAAAAGAAGAAUGUGCCCUAGAAAUCAUUAAAGGGGGCAUCCUACGUCAGCGGGAGAUUUAUUAUAAAUAUCUUUUUACAAAGAUCCCCACACUUUUGCGAGACUGGGUUCCAGAACUCAUGGAUUAUUUCUUACGGAAAUGUUUUAAUGUGGACAAUCUAAACCAAGAUUAAUCACAAUCUGUCUGUUCGCUGCCUCUGCAUUUUUCUUUUCUGGAUAUGUGAGUUAGAAUUUUUCAAACUUUGCAACUUUAAGAUGUGUGGGAAUUGAAGUCCUCAGAACUUAAAUUUACCAAGUUUGAAAAACAUGAAUAUAACCUAUAGAAGAGAAUAUUACCAAACUGAUCUUGAGAUUCACUAUGCUGUUAUAUAUAGACCCCAAAUCCAGUUCUGUUUCUUGGGAUUUAAGACUAUCAAUUAUUGCAAUAUAGAUAUUUAUAAUCUGGAAUAGGAACAAUUUAUGUCAGGGAUCCCCAAACUUGGCAACUUUAAGACUUGUGGACUUCAACUCCCAGAAUUCCAAGUUUGGAGACCUCUGAUUUAGGUAAUUGCCAAGUUUGAAGACCUCUGAUUUAGGUAAAUGUAGUUAUCUUAGAAAAACUCAGGUUAAUGAUAAAUAUUUUGUCUGCUCUUAAACUGCAGCCAGAUGGCUGUUUCUCUUAAUCUGCAAUCAGAACAAAACAUGACAAUUUCAUAAAGUGAACAGUUGGGAGAAAAAAGUUGUAACACCGUGCAGAGUUUCAUAGUUUUGCAUCAACUCCUUAUGUAAAUUUCUCACAUAAAGAGGAAUAAGUGCAAGAUACCCUCUGGCUUGGACUGAUAGGAGGUACUUGAUCGUUAACACAUCUGGAAUUAAACAUUUGGCAUAAAAAGUACAUUUUUUAAAUUUUUCAAAGUUUUAAAAUUAUUUCAAAGUAUCACUUGAAAAUGUUUAUAGUAAUUUUAGUAAAGAUAUUAAUUACAAUUAUAAUUAUAAUUAAUGCAAACUAAAAAAUGAAAAAGAGUAGAAGGUGCAGAAAAAGGAAAAAGCAAAUAGAAAAGAAUGUAAGCAAAAAAAAAGAAAUAUAUAAAUGUCUUUUAAUCUUCAACAAAUAAACCAAUGUAAUAUUACCUUUUUUUACUUCUAGUCAUCUUAAUCUUUAGUCCAUGCAAAUAAUGUAAUAGUACUUGAUUUCUUCAUUUUUUCUUUGUCAUCUUCUCUUUCUUCUCAUAAGUACUUCAAAACUUUAAAACAAAACUUUUGCAAAUCUAAUAUAGGAAAAAUAUUCAAAUCGCUCUCUUGGUUUAUUGUUUGUAUGUGACUUUUGGUUAUUAAAACAUUAUCCAGGGUUUUUU